CAAGUAUCCCACAAUGCAACUCCCGUCGUAUGUAUGAGUGAGUUAGUUGAUGAAGAACUAAAAGAAGGAAUUACGUUGUGAAGAUUUUUCUUGCUGACUUAAAGCCGACAAUAUCAAGAGAUCACAAAGAUCUAUGCAAUUUUCCAAAAUGGCCACUGGUCAAGAAGGAGAUGUUUUGCUGGAAAACCCUGCAUGGAAGGUUGCUAGAGAAGCCUUGCAAACAAUUGAUGGCCAAUCAAAGCAGGAAAGAAGAGAUCAACCACCUCAAGAGCCUAAAAAUGAACCAUUUUACAAUCAGUCAGGAGCUUUUAUGCCACAAGACAGACCAACACAGUAUAAUUAUAAUUAUUACCCACAACAAUCUUUUGGUGGCUAUAAUCAAAGACCUGGUCCAUCAUAUCCAUAUCCGCAUUAUCAGCAGCAAUAUGAUUCCCAGCCUCCUUUCAGGCCCCCAGUUUACCCCAAUGUCUACAAUCAGGAGCAAUACCAGAAUAGACCACGUUAUCCCCCAAGUGAUGGCUAUUACAUGCCACCCCCAAUGCACCAAAGGCCCCCACAUGGAAUACCAACAGCAUCACGGGGACCCCCAGUUCAUGAGAGACCACCAGUGAUGCAGCACAAUUUUGAUUCAAGACAACAAAUGGAUGAAGUCAACAGAAAAGAAAUAACUUACCAAAAACCUGAGGUUCAUUAUCAGAAACACGCAGACGCAAAUCAAGAUGAAGAUCAGAGUAAUUGUAAGCAAAGUUAUAUGGAAUAUCAACAUGGCAAGAGCUACCCCUCUCAAUGGCAAGAUGUGAACCAUGCCUCUCAGCAGCCUCCUCAAAAGAGAUCCUAUUCAGAUGUUGCAAAAGGAAACCAAAAUUUCAUGAAUAAGAAACAAGGACAAGGUGGCUUCAAAAUGACAUUUAAAAACGCAGUUGGAACAAAAAAGUUCAAGCCAGCUUGGCAGUCUGUGGAUGGCAAGCAAAAUGAAGAGCAUGACGAGAAAGAAAAUAGCAAUAACCUUAGCAGAGAACCAAAUAACAUAGAGAUGCCAGAAACAUCUGUUAAUGCUGAUGAGGUAGUCACCAAUUCUAACGAUACAGAAGGGCAAGAAAAGAAGCCAAAAGGAUGGCCUCCUGCUCUGAAAAUUUAUGUAAAGCAUGCAUUCGACAAUUGCAACAGUGAAAGUGACAAAGAUCUUCUUGAAAUGUAUUUUAAAGAGCUGCUUGAAACUGUUUUAUCUGAUGGAACUGCCUACACCAUAGAUUGGGAGAACCGACCAUUACCAACUUCUGAAGAUACUGCAAGAUACAAAAAACAGCCCAGAAGUAAGGGCCAACGGAGAAAGUCAAGGACACGCUCAAGGAGCCCUUAUGGAAGUCUAAAUAGAUCGGAAAGUAGGAGCUACAGCAGAAGCCCAUCUCGUAAAAAGGACGAGCGUCGGGAGAAGCAGGAUGAUUAUCGAGGAAAAGUUGGUGGUGCAAGAGGCAAAGGCAAAAGGCAAGGGAGAGGCAGAGGCAGAGGACAGAGAGACAGCACAAAUGAGCAGCAAAUAUCGAAAAAGAAAGGCAAGAACUGGAUGGCUCCAACGCCACCGAGCAGUCCAGAGGUUGAAGACGAGCAGGCUUUGCAAAGAAAACAGAGUAGAGCAAACAGAUUCUCAGAAUCACUAAAGGAAAUGAAAGACUCGGGCAAGAAGAUAACGGCAACAUUAAACGUUUACGUAACCAAUGAAGACGAAGAGUCAAUUGAUUGGAGUGAUCUUCAUAUUGUUGGAGCAAGUGAAGAGUUAGAAAAAAGAUACUUCCGGCUAACAUCGGCACCAGAACCGUCCAUGGUUCGACCACAGUCCAUUUUAGAAAAGUCUUUAACGGUGGUUAAGCAGAAGUGGAAAACAACUCUUGAUUAUCACUAUACCUGUGAACAACUAAAGGCGAUUCGACAGGAUCUGACGGUUCAGGGCAUCCGAAACGACUUCACUGUCGAGGUUUAUGAAACCCAUGCAAGGAUAGCUUUGGAAAAGGGCGAUCGAGAAGAGUUUAACCAGUGUCAGACUUGUCUGAAAUCGCUGUAUAAAGAGGGACACAAUGGCCAUCCUGACGAGUUCACUGCAUACAAGAUCAUAUAUGACAUCUACACUGAUAACACUCUGGAUAUGUCAAAUUGUUUGGUGUCUCUUUCCACCGAACUAAAGCAAAGCCAAGCUGUUAAGCAUGCUCUAGCCCUGCGCUCGGCUUGGGUCCUCUGCAAUUACCACUACUUUUUUCAACUCUAUUUAACAGCGCCAAAUAUGUCUGGCUAUCUGAUUGAUCUUUUCGCAGAAAGGGUUAGAAAGCAGGCCCUGAAGAUCAUGUUCAAAUCGUAUCGACCUAGUUUACCAAUCAAGUUCAUAGAAACAGAGUUAGCCUUCACUGAGGACGGGGCGUGUGCGCAGUGGCUUCGGGAGCUUGGAGCUUCCUUUACAAAGGAUUCUUUGAGUAUCGACACCAAGGCAUCGAGUGGAAUCUUGUCCUCGUGAUAUCGCCGACAGUUGAGUGUCAUUAAAGUCGGCUCCCCAACCAUUAAGUGCGCCUAGCCAUUCAGGUUGUCAACAAGUUAGGUAGCAGAGUACCGCCCUUUUAAUGCAAAAUUCAACCCGAGAAGAAUGGCUUGAAAGGGAGAAUUCAUAUUGGAUGCAAUUUUAUUUCUUUCGUGGUCGCUGUUGUGUUGGUAAAGAUGGAAAAUGUUUAAGCAAGUCUCUCUAGAGUUUCUUCUACUUGCAAAUAGUAAGUGGUUGCUGAGUGCAAAGUGGCCCUUGAUAGACUGUGAAAGUCCUUAAGAAGUUUCCGUAUUUGCUGGUCUACGUUCUCGAAGUUUCUUCUUCUUUCAUGAACUUCUGAAGAGCGUGAUAUUUUUGCUCUUUAGGCAAAGUUUUAAGUAAUUGUAAGCUGAUGUUUGCUUGUCCAGUUUUGAAGUUACAGGAAAGUAUCUGCUGGAAGAUGUUCAUCAGAAGACAGCAGUCAGCUUGUGCGGUGCAUACAGAGGCGCAAGACGUCAUCAUGGUCAGUGUUAAAGAUCUCUAUUUGGACUGUUAAAUGUAAUGGGACAAUCACUUCUUUUAUUUAAGCGUUGAUUUUAUUUACACGUUUUUGUGUCCAGUGUCAUAGAAGACAUUUUACCCUCUUUCCCCUAACAGUCCUCAUGAAUGACGUGACUAGCAAAUGAUUUUGUUGCAGUAUAGAAGAAUUCGCCAUCGAAACAAUUAUAAUUUAGUGGCUUGGAAAAUUUAUAUCUCCGAUAUCCUUUGCAAAUUUAAGUAUCUUAUCAUUAAUCCUUUUAACCUUUUCAAAAAGGCUUUUGUUCUCAUGGCCAGCAGCAAGUGUUUGUGUUAAUUGUACAUUUAGCUUGUAAAUAUAUAAUUUUUGUAACUAACAAAGACUUUAACCUUGAA